AUGCUGUAUGAUGUGCCAGCAGCGGCAGAAAAAUUUAAUAAAAAAUAUGGUGAUUUAUACGAAUUUUAUAUGGGAAGUAUACGCGUAGUUGUUGUUAGCAAACCUGAUUUAGCUGAAAAAAUAUGGGCUUCUUCGUCUCUCAAAAAUACAAAAUUUGUUAUGCGUAAUGGAUAUUCUGAAGGUAUUGUUGAACUUGGUUUAGGUACAAAAGGAAUGGUACUCAAUCGUGAUAUUGAUGUUUGGAAUGUCAAUAGAAAAUUUAUGAAUGUUAUUUCUUCACCUCCAUUCCUACGUGAAUCAAUCAAUUUAACAAGUAAAAUGGUUGAUCAAAUGUUUGAAUAUUGGAAAGUCAUUGAAAAAAAAGGAAUGCAAAUCGAAGUUUCCCAGUGGAUAGAUGCUUUGGGAGCAGAAAUUGUUUCGACAACUGCAACUGGAAAAGGAAUAACAGCAAUGACUGAAUUAUUUAAUGAAUUGAAUAUUGAAAAUAAUAAAUCUAAAGUACAAGGAGCUUGGCAAAAUGGCGUAAAAUUUACUAAAGCAAUUCAUCUUUAUAAUGAAUCAAUGUCAUUUAUGAUGUUAUUUCCAACAAAGUUUCGAAGAAAUGUCCCUUUAAUUAAAGAUGUAAAUAAAAAGUAUUUGGAUAAUAGAGAUUGGAUAUAUCAAGAAAUGGAUAGAAUCGUUUCCGAAAGACAAAAAGAAAUUGAAAAUACACCUUUGGAUCAACCACUUGAGGCAAAUAUUUUAACUUUAUUACUUACAACAAAUACGGAAAGAGAUUUUGACAAAAUUUCUGUCAGUAAAUUUGACCGACCUUUAACAAAUGAUGAAGUAAUAUCAAUAUUACGUGAAGUAUUUACUGGUGGAUUAGAUACUACAUCCAAUUCUUUAUCAUAUCUUCUUUUUUACCUUGCAAAACAUCGAGAUGUUUACUUGAAAAUGAGACAAGAAGUAUUGGACUUAUAUUACAAUCAAUCUUGUAACAAUACUAGGGAAACGAAGGAUGAAAUCUACUUUGCCCAACCAGAAGAGAAAUUAAG